UCGCGUCAGUAAAACCUCCGAGCAGCAGAAGAAACGAGUCGAUCUGAUCUGAUGGAGGCAGUUGAUCACGCAGUAAAAUGCUGAAGUACAUCGAUUUGUUGCUCAGGGUUCGGGAUUUCUGAAGCGGCUUCUCGUCUGUAUCUGCGUCGGUGCUUUGAGUUCUGAGUCUGUGAAAUGUCUGUUGUUUUUGUUCCCAAACGGCAGCGCGGAAAAGCGCAAAUCAACCAGGAGACAAUUCAAAGACUGCUGGAUGAGAACGAUCAGCUGGUGCGAUGCAUCACCGAGUAUCUGCAGAAGGGCCGAGCCGCCGAGUGUGUGCAAUACCAGCAGAUCCUGCACCGCAACAUUGUGUAUUUGGGAACCAUAGCUGAUGCCAGCACAGAGAUCCAGCCGGAGACGCAGACCUCAGACGACACAAAUUGCAUUGGCUGAGAGGAAAGACACUCCAGAUGUCCCUGUUGGCGAACAUUUUUAUGUACAUAAUUUCAUGUUUUUAGUUCAAUGCUUUGUAUAAUAAAUGUAUAAACCACAAUAAACAUGCACUUUUAUAUAAGCAGCAGACAUCCACAGAACAUCUCUGUUUUUAUCACUAAUUAUUUAGCCUUAAUUUGAUAAUGCUUUUAGUUUCUAAUAAAAGUGUACUUUAAGCUCCACUUAACAUUUUACCAUGUUUAAAUUCUUUCUGCAGAAAAUGCUAAUGAGAUUCCAUCUGGAUCUACAUAUAUGUCAUUAGAAAGUAUUUACACCAUGUUUCUGUUUUUUUUUACAAGAUUUUAUCUGCAAUACAGUAAUGAAAAUUGGAAUUACCAAACCCAACAACGAGGAGAAAAUGCGAACGCUAAAAAUGUAUGCAAAAGGAGUCAAAGAUGAAAUGAUAGCAGAUGUUAUGUUAUAUAUUUAUUUUUUGCAUUGCUGGUACACUUGGAAAUAAUCAGUUGCCAGCUCUAGUGAACAAUAAGCAACAUACGCCAAGCAGUCGCCCCUCAUGUCUUCGGUCAGGGCAACAUCAUUUCUUUUUAUUUAAUUUUUUUUUUUAACUCCUUUUAUUUUUUGAAGCCACUAGUAAACCAUUUUGACACAGCUGAGAAAUGUUGAGCGUUACAGUCCAAGGUCAUCGAAGAUGUUUUAUCUUUAAAAAAAAAAAAAAAAUGCCGAAACAGUUUGGGAGGAAAACACGGACGAAGCAACGAACCUACAUUUUGAUUGUGCAAAGCACAGAACUAUAAAAAGAUAUAUACAGCAAACGAUUCUCUGUAAACAUGGUAAGUAUGUUAGUUUUCAGAAAACAUGGUCAUAUAAAUACAGGCAACAUUGGCAUCGGCAAAUGUCACGAAAUGAACACUCUGGGCUUUUCAGAUGCAGCCCGGAACCACAGAAACCAACAGGAAUCCGGGCUCAAAAUAACCAAACAAAAAAACCCCAAUCCGACCAGAACCAUUUAUUAGUGUUUAUAAUGGCGUAUUUGGUAAACUGUAGAAAGAAGAUACAGUUCAACUCUGUAGGAAAGAAAAAAAAAAAUGUGUGCUUCACAUCUUGGGAAAAUAAUGUUUUACUUAAUAAGCCUAUAUUACGCUAACUUAUAGAGUAAUGGUAUAAUGUGUAAGAAAAUACAAAAAUAAGAUUAAUACUGUCAAUAUUUGUACAAGAAAUAUAUCGUAUUUGAAAGGAAUACAUGUUAUUUUUAUGGAAAGUGUUAGUGUCGUUCUGAAGAAAGCCAAUGGGAAAAUUAACACAUUUGACCAUACAGAAGGGUUUGUGUUUUUAAUAAAAGGGUUUUUUCUCUUCUUUUUCUAGAUAGAACUACUACUACGGCUCCCAAACGGCUUUUUUUUUUUUUUUUUAAAGCACCAUUUCCCCCCCCUAAACAAUACUUUGGUUAGAGAAAAUAUCUGCAAGUGCUAUU